AUGGAGAAACCAAGUGAUCCUGGCAACGAUGAAAACAACGGAAAAUCAAACCAAGACAAAAAACUCAAGAGAAAAGAGCUCGGGCUCUCGUGCAUGCUAAACACCGAAGUCGGUGCCGUCCUCGCUGUCAUCCGCCGUCCCCUGGACACCACCUCCCACUGCUUCGCCGCCCCCGACGACGCCUUCGACCCUUCCCUUCUCCAACCCCUCAAAUCCCUCCGGGCCCUCAUCUUCAACCCACAGCAAGAAUGGCGCACGAUAGACCCCUCCAUUUACCUAUCCCCCUUUUUAGAUGUCAUCCAAAGCGACGAAGUUCACGCCGCCGCUACCCGAGUCGCUCUCUCCGCCACAUUGAAGAUUCUCAAGCUCGGAAUCUUCGACGAGAAGACUCCAGGGGCCAAAGACGCCAUUAACACCGUCGUCACCGCCAUCACCACCUGCCGGCUCGAACGGACCGACCCGGUCUCCGAGGAUGCCGUGAUGAUGAAUAUUCUUCAGGUCUUGACCGGAAUUAUGAACCACCGCGCUUCGGUUCUGCUCACCGAUCAGGCUGUCUGCACAAUUGUGAACACUUGUUUUCAGGUGGUACAGCAAUCGUCGAGCAGAGGAGACUUGCUUCAACGAUGUGCAAGGUACACGAUGCACGAGUUGAUCCAGAUCAUAUUUUCGCGGUUGCCCGAAAUCAAUUUCAGGGACGGGGACAGUUCGGCAAGUACUGAUACUGAAGAUGCUGAUGCUGAUGAGGGGAAUUUGGAUUCUGGGUAUGGGAUUCGGUGUGCGGUUGACAUUUUUCACUUUUUGUGUUCUUUGUUGAAUGUGGUUCAGGUGGUUGAGACAGAUCAGGGGUCGACUGUGCAAACUGCAGAUGAGGAUGUGCAGCUUUUUGCUCUGGUUUUGAUCAACUCCGCAAUCGAGUUGAGUGGGGAUGGAAUUGGGUCGCAUUCGAAGCUGUUGAGGAUGAUGAAAGAUGAUCUCUUUCACCAUUUGGUUCACUACGGAACGCGUUCGAGCCCACUUGUUUUUUCCAUGAUUUGCAGUACAGUUUUGAAUAUGUACCACUUUCUUCGCAGGUUCAUUCGUGUCCAAUUAGAAGCCUUCUUCACGUUUGUGCUGUUUAGAGUUGCAGGUCCUGGAGUCUCAAUCCAACUUCAAGAGGUUGCACUUGAAGGGAUUAUAAAUUUCUGCAGACAACUGACAUUCGUAGUGGAGGUCUAUGUGAACUAUGAUUGUGAUCCCCUUUGCCAUAAUGUGUUUGAGGAGAUUGGGAAGUUGCUUUGCAAGCAGUCAUUUCCAGUGUCUAACCCUUUGACAACUAUACAGAUACAAGCCUUUGAGGGGCUAGUUAUCAUGAUUCACAACAUUGCAGAGAGUAUUGAUAGAGAACAUGAUACAAGCCCUUCUGGACCAUACCCAAUUGAGAUUACAGAGUAUGCACCCUUUUGGGAAGACAAACCCAAAGAUGAUUCAGAAGCUUGGGUGCAAUUUGUAAGGGUGAGGAAAGCACAAAAGAGGAAGAUAUUGAUUGCUGGACACCAUUUUAAUCGAGAUGAAAAGAAGGGAAUGGAGUACUUGAAGCUCUACAACUUAGUCUCUGACCCUCCAGAUCCAAAGACAUUGGCUUUCUUCUUCCGGUACACUCCUGGACUAGACAAGACAAUGAUAGGGGAUUAUCUUGGCGAUCCUGAUGAGUUUCACAUUAAAGUACUUGAAGAAUUCACAGGAACCUUUGGAUUUGCAGGCAUGAAUCUUGACAGUGCUCUCCGUACUUAUCUGGAGACUUUCCGUUUGCCAGGAGAGUCCCAGAAGAUUCAGAGGAUUCUUGAAGCAUUUUCGGAGAGUUUUUAUGAGCAACAGCCAGCAGAUCUUUUCGUGAACAAAGAUACAGUAUUCAUUCUUUGCUACUCUCUCAUUAUGCUCAAUACUGAUCAGCACAAUCCACAAGUGAAGAAGAAGAUGACAGAAGAAGAGUUCAUCAGGAACAAUAGAGCAAUCAAUGGAGGGAAGGAUCUUCCUAGAGAGUAUCUAUCUGAGCUUUUCCAGUCCAUAUCAAACAAUGCAAUCACCCUUUUUGGUCAAUCGGGUCUGCCAGUAAUAAUGAACCCAAGCAGAUGGAUUGAGUUGAUGAACCGAUCCAAAACUGUGCAGCCUUUCAUUCUAUGUGAUUUUGAUCGCCGGUUAGGGAGAGACAUGUUUGCUUGCAUCGCUGGCCCAUCAGUCGCAGCUAUUUCUGCAUUUUUUGAGCAAGCUGAAGAAGAGGAGUUGCUCCAUGAAUGCAUUGAAGGGUUAUUCUCAGUAGCCAGGAUAGCUCAAUAUGGACUGGAGGACACUCUUGAUGAGCUCAUUGCCACCUUCUCCAGAUUCACCACACUGUUGAAUCCUUAUGCCUCUGCAGAAGAAACACUCUUUGCUUUUGGCAAAGAUUUGAAGCCAAGAAUGGCUACCCUUGCUGUUUUCACCAUCGCAAACAAUUUUGGAGAGUCAAUUAGAGGGGGUUGGAGGAACAUUGUGGACUGCUUGUUGAAACUCAAGAGGCUUAAGCUACUUCCCCAAAGUGUCAUUGAUCAUGAUGCUGCUUCCACCUCAUCAUCUGAUGCCCAAGCUACAUCUGAAUCGGGUAUAAUCUUUCCUGCUCAUGAUCCCAAAUUUGGAGGGCGCCGUGCUUCUGGCAUGAUUAGUCGGUUCUCACAUUUUCUAUCACUAGAGAGUCCAGAAGAUGCUGUAUCCCUUGGCAUGAGUGAAUUUGAACAGAAUCUGAAGGUCAUCAAACAAUGCCGAAUUGGGAACAUCUUCAGCACUAGCUCACACUUUCCUGAAGAUUCUUUGCUCAAUCUCGGGCGUUCGUUGAUAUAUGCAGCUGCUGGGAAAGGCCAAAAGUUUAGUACACCUAUUGAAGAAGAAGAAACUGUUGGGUUCUGCUGGGAUUUGAUAGUUGUCAUCGCUUUGGCCAACGUCCACAGGUUCCAGGCAUUUUGGCCUAACUUUCAUGAUUAUCUGCUGGCAGUUGCUCAAUUUCCCAUGUUCUCCCCAAUCCCAUUUGCAGAAAAGGCCAUUGUAGGCCUCUUCAAGGUCUGUCUCAAGCUCCUUGGGACAUACCGACCCGACAGAGUCCCUGAGGAGCUCAUUUUCAAGUCAAUAAAUCUAAUGUGGAAGCUGGAAAAGGAAAUUCUUGACACCUGCGGUGAGCUCAUAACACAAUCAGUAAACAAGAUUCUCAUUGAGUACCCUGCCAAUUUGCAAACCCAACUUGGAUGGAAGUCAGUUCUCCACUUGUUAUCCAUCUCUGGACGACACCAGGAUACCUACGAACAGGGAGUUGAAACUCUGAUCAUGGUGAUGUCUGAUGGAACCCAUGUUUCGCGGACAAAUUAUGCUUACUGCAUUGACUGUGCCUUUGGUUUUAUUGCACUCAAGAACAGUCCGUCAGAGAAGAACUUGAAGAUAUUGGACCUUUUGUCGGAUUCUGUAAACUUGUUGAUCCAGUGGUACAGAAAUCAAUACUCAGAUCCUGGGAACAAUUAUAGUGUGGCGAGCAACACAAGUAACUCCUCUUUAGAGGACUCAAAAGGUUUUGGCUCUAAUAACUUUGCCAUGAACUUAUUUGUCAAACUAGGGGAGGCAUUUAGAAAGACCAGCUUAGCCCGGAGAGAAGAUAUAAGAAACCAUGCAGUCUUGUCUCUUCAAAAAAGUUUCAAACUGGCUGAGGAGUUGGAAUUCACUCCAACCAAUUGUAUUAACUCUUUCAACCUCGUUAUUUUUGCGAUGGUUGAUGAUUUACAUGAGAAGAUGUUGGAAUAUUCACGAAGAGAGAGCGCAGAGAAGGAGAUGAGAAGUAUGGAAGGGACCUUAAAGAUUGCACUGGAGCUCUUGGCAGAUGUGUACUUGCAGUUCUUGAUACCGAUAUCGCAAUGUAGUGGGUUUCGGACGUUUUGGUUGGGUGUGUUGAGAAGAAUGGACACAUGUAUGAAGGCUGAUUUGGGUGCAUAUGGUGAAUCAACACUGCCAGAACUAAUCCCAGACUUGUUGAGAAAGAUGAUCACUGAGAUGAAGGAGAAGGAGAUUUUAGUGCAGAAGGAAGAUGAUGACCUUUGGGAUAUUACCCAUAUUCAGAUACAGUGGAUAGCUCCUUCGAUCAAGGAGGAGCUAUUUCCGGAAGAAAGUUCGUAA